AUGUCCCUGGACAUCGAUGACCCGCCGAACUCCCGGCUAUUCGUGGUCGCCGGGCGUGCAACCAGCGCGGAGUUUCUCAGGGAUGUCUUCGAGCAGUUCGGUGUGGUGUCAUUCGUGAAGUAUCUGCGGGACAAGGGGGUGGCGUACGUCAAGUAUGACCGGGCCUCCUCAGCGGCCCUGGCCAUCGAGAACCUGCAUGAGGUGACCCUGAACGAUGGCAGGGGACCUCGACUCAAGGUCAUCCUGGCGGAAUCGCCCCACAUGAGGAGCAUGUACAUGGGCACGGCCGUGCCGCGCGCCUGCGAGGACGCGAGCCUGGACCCAGACAACUCCCCGCGUCGCAGCCGCCUCUUCCUGGUGGUGCCCAAGUCCGCGGACGGUUCGGCCAUCGAGGCGGCCAUGUCUGCCUUCCCCGACCUGCAGUACUGCAAGACCGACCUGGUGGCCUCCAAGGGCAUCGUCUUCGUCAAGUACGCGCGCUCCAGCUCUGCCGCCGCCGCCAUGGAGGCGGUGCAGGCCUCUGGCCAGGUGGCCGGAUACCGCGUCAAGAUCAUGCUGGCGGAGCCCAAGGCCGCGGGGCUGGUGGGCCUGGACUCCGUGACCCUGGGCGGCGGGGGCGCCGGGUUCCUGUCGCCCAUGACGCCCUCGCUGUCGGCCUCCUCCUCCGCCUCGCAGCUCAGCCGCCAGCGCCUCUUCGUCGUUCUGCACAAGUCUGUGGGCGACGAGACGCUGGCGUGCCUCUUCCGCUCCUUCCCCGGCAUGGAGUACUGCGACCUGAAGAAGGACCGCGCCACGGGGCGGUCCAAGGGCUACGCCUACGUCAAGUAUGCGACGCACGAGUCGGCGGCGGCUGCGCAGGCGCGGCUCAACGGCGCCGAGUUCCCCCCCGGCUCCGGCUGCCGCAUGAAGGUCAUGUUUGCCGAGCCGGCGCUGCACCGCGCGCGCUCCGGCUCCGCCGACUCCUGCGCCGACGCGGGCACGCCCUUCAACCUGGCAGGCCUGGCCGGCGGGGGGGGGGCGGUGGGCGUGGAGGAGCUGCGCUACCUGUCCACGCCGGGCGGCGGCCAGCUGGGCGCGCGCGGCGAGCGCGACGGCGAGCGCUACAUGGGCCGCAGCCAGGGCGUGGGUGAGAGGUAUGCGACGCAGGCGCCUGGCGACCGCUUCGCCGCGCAGGCGCCCGGAGAUCGUUUCUCAGCCCAGGCGCCCGGAGAUCGUUUCUCAGCCCAGACGCCCGGCGUCGACCACUUUGCGACGCAGACGCCCGGCGUCGACCACUUUGCGACGCAGACGCCCGGCGUCGACCACUAUGGCGCGCAGACCCCCGGCGUCGACCGGUACGCGGCGCAGACCCAGGGCGCAGCGCUGGGCUCGCCGCUGUCCUGCGAGUCCGGGGUGCUGCCGCGGCGCCGCGCCUCCCCCCUGCACUCCCCCCUGCUCUCCUCCUCAACCCCAGACCUGCUGUCGGCCGCCGACCACCUGGCCGGCCUGUGCCUGGAUGGCGGGGGGCUGGAGGGGCUCAAGGGCUACACGACCCCAGGCGGCGCGCUGGGCGCGCUGAGCCCGGGCACGACGCUGAGCGGGUCACUAACCCACGUCUUCUCGCGCUGCGGCCCCGUGGAUGCGGUGCGGGUGCUGCCCGACGUGCGCCUGGCCAUGGUCAAGUUCCGCGACGCGGAGUCGGCCGCGCGCGCGGUCGCCACGCUGCACGGCACCGAGGUCCUGGGCGAGGUGCUCGCCGUCUGCGCCAGCCCCCCCUCGCAGAUGAGCAUCUCCAUGGCCACGAGCCUUGGCUCCAGGGUGCAGCUGGCCGGGGUGUUCGGAACCCGGCGACCCCAGCCCGUGCUGCAGCGGGGGCCGGGGCUGCAGGUGCAGGCCGCGCAGCGCCUCAUGGGCAAGGUGGUGUCCAUCGCAUCCAACAAGACGGCGGUGGUGGCGGUGGAGAGCUGGAGCAUACACCCCGUGUACAAGAAGCGCAUCCGCACCACCAAGCGCUACCCGGCCCAUGACGAGGCGGACCAGGCCCGGGUGGGGGACGUGGUGGAGCUGGCGCCCUCCAGGCCGCUCAGCGCGAGGAAGAGGUUCAUCGUUGACAAGAUCCUGAACCGCGAGGACUGA